ACUGUUAAAAUCAACAUGGCGAGCGGUGCACUUUUCGGAAAUUCGGCCACCCGGUCUUCCAGCAAAAACCUUGUGGAAUUUCGGGCUGGAAAGAUGUUCAUGAAGGGCAAGAUGGUCCAUCCAGACAAGAGGAAGGGACAGGUGUACGUUUAUCAAUCAGAGGACUCACUGAUGCAUUUUUGUUGGAAGGAUCGGACCACCGGCACUGUCGAAGAUGAUCUGAUCAUUUUCCCUGAUGAUGUUGAAUUUAAGCAUGUGACUCAAUGUACAACAGGACGUGUGUAUGUCCUCAAGUUUAAGUCCUCCACUCGGAAAUUCUUCUUUUGGAUGCAGGAACCUAAGUCAGACAAAGAUGAUGAACAUUGUAAGAAAGUGAACGAGUACCUGAACAAUCCGCCCACACCAGGAUCAAGUCGUGCUGGAGGUGGCAUGCCCUCUGAAUUGUCUGGUAUAGGUGACUCUGACCUCCAGAACAUCAUCGGGGGUAUGAGCCAACAACAGCUGAUGCAGCUUCUAGGUGGUAUGGGAGGAGGAAUGGGGAUGGGGGGAGGAGGUGGAGGCCUAUCAGCACUUAUGGGAGGUCGACCUACAAGUGCUACAUCCACAGCAUCAGAACCCCCGAUGAGAGUACAGUCUUCUCCAGGAACCAGAGGCACAGAUUCUCCUUCACAGGCUCCACGGCCAGUCACUGCAGCAGCUCUUCCUUCCCAGGCCACACCCACAACCACAGCACCAGCCACUCAGAGCACAGGGGGAGGGGCACCCAUGACAACCACAGCUGCCACACCCACUGCUGGGGCAUCGGCUGCUCGCCAGGCUAUCCAGCUUAGUGAUUUACAGAAUAUACUUUCCAGUAUGAAAGUUCCUGGGUCAGACUCGAAACAAGAUAUUGAUCUAGUACAGGCAUUAAACCCAGAAAUGAUGAUACCUAUCUUAGCCAACAAAGAUGUACAGGAGAGACUUAUAAAGUUCCUACCUGAGGGCGAGUCUCUGCCAAAGACGGAGGCAGAACUACGCAACACUAUCUCAUCACCACAGUUUCAACAGGCACUGUCCUCCUUUAGUGCUGCUCUCCAGUCUGGACAACUUGGCCCUCUGAUGUCACAGUUUGAGUUGGGGGUGGAUGUGGCUACUGCUGCUGCACAAGGAGAUCUAGAAGCAUUUGUCAAAGCCAUGCAGGAACGUGAUGGAAAGAAGGAUGAGAAGAUGGACACUGACUGAUUGUUUGUACAGAUUUAGAUUGUGCUUGAACUAGAUUUAAGUUACAAAAACUUGGAUGUUCCGUUAUAUAUCAUAGAAUGUGAUGGGUUAUUGUGACUAAGGAUGUGAUUAUUUCAAAAAGCUGUUUGUAGAUGCUCAUUAAAGACGAGUUAUUUCAGCUGUCUUUGGUUUUUUAAACUUCAAUGAUAUAUACUGACAAUUGUAAUAAAAAAUAUUUUGCUAUUAUAUAGCAAUGUUACAGAAAGACACAUUUGUCAGAAGCAUUCUGACUUUAAAAUCCUUAAUAAAACUAUCAAAAUAUAA